CCGACUGGAAUGGGAAACAUUACACCGCUCUGCUGAACUACUGGAGCGGUGAGCUCUGCCCCCCAGGGCCGGCUGCCCGCUCCCCCUCCCCGCUGGCCGGGUAUAAAACCAUCGCUAGGGGACGCAGCCCUCCCUGUCUGCAGCUUCCUCCCAAGCAGCAAACCGGGAGACUAACCGUUCUGAGUAGCUGCGCCAGGCUGAGCUGAAGGUGCCCCCACCUCCCACCUGCCCCGCCCGCCCCCGGGCAGCGGAGCCCAGCUCUCCCCGGCACCAUGGCCGCGUGCGAGCUGACCGAGCUGGAGACGGCCAUUGAGAAAAUCGUCAGCAUCUUCUUCACCUACGCGGCCCGGGAGGGCAAGAAGGGGACGCUGACGGCGGGGGAGUUCAAGGAGCUGGUCACGCUGCAGCUGCCCAACCUCAUGAAGGACGUGGGCUCCCUGGAUGAGAAGAUGAGCAGCCUGGAUGUGAACAACGACGAGGAGCUGAAGUUCAGCGAGUACUGGCGGCUGAUCGGGGAGCUGGCCAAGGACAUCAAGAGGGAGAAAGUGGGGAAGAAGAAGUGACCGGGGGCAGGGAGGGCUGGAGGGGCAUCCUGGGCCGACCUGCUCACUCCAGCCAUGAAUAAAGCGUUGCCUCCGUG